GGUUUGAUUAUCUUUUGAUUUUGAAUUCGUGAUAUGAUUCAAGCCCUAGAUUUCUUUUCAGCUUAGAAAGUGAAUCAGAGAUUUUGAAGCUCGGAAUCCAUGGCGUCUCGUCGUCGAAUGCUGCUCAAGGUCAUAAUCCUCGGCGAUAGCGGCGUUGGGAAGACAUCUCUUAUGAAUCAAUAUGUGAAUCGAAAGUUCAGUAAUCAGUAUAAAGCCACCAUUGGAGCUGAUUUCUUAACCAAAGAAGUCCAAUUCGAGGACAGGCUUUUCACAUUGCAGAUUUGGGAUACAGCAGGACAAGAAAGGUUUCAAAGCCUUGGUGUGGCAUUUUACAGAGGUGCAGAUUGUUGUGUCCUUGUGUAUGAUGUUAAUGUCAAGAAGUCAUUUGAUAACCUAAAUAAUUGGAGGGAAGAGUUUUUGAUUCAGGCUAGCCCUUCUGACCCAGAAAACUUCCCAUUUGUUGUAUUGGGGAACAAAGUUGAUGUUGAUGGAGGCAAUAGUCGAGUGGUGUCUGAGAAGAAAGCAAGAGCAUGGUGUGCUUCAAAAGGAAACAUUCCAUACUUUGAAACUUCUGCAAAGGAGGGGUUUAAUGUUGAUGCUGCUUUCGAGUGCAUUGCCAAAAACGCCCUCAAAAACGAACCCGAGGAAGAAAUCUACCUUCCGGACACGAUUGAUGUGGGAAGUGGGCAACAACAAAGAUCAUCUUCAGGGUGUGAAUGUUAAGUGGAAAGUUUGGUUUGCUCGACACUUGUGUGUACAAUUUCAAGGUGUUGAAUUCAGUUGCAACAAGUUCUUUUUUUCUUCAUAAGUUACUUAAGUGGUUAUCAUGUUCAUUUCUUGAUUUGUUUUCUGAAUGUAGGAACAUAUAUAUGCAUAUUAUUCGUACAUUAUAACUAUUUUUAACUGAUCGUUUGUUUUUUGGAA